AUUGCAGAUUCGUUUUGCCUUACUUGCAAGAAGUAUCUCAAGUUAAAUCAAGUAAGCGAGCAUAUUAUUGAACCCGAUCAUCAGAAGUCCUUUCAGUCUUCGGAUUAUGUUGUUAAAUAUAAAGAAGAUAGCAUCAGAAAGGUGGAAGUGGGAUAUUAUUGUGAAAUGUGCAAUGUUAUGAUGCAGAACUUAGCACGAGUUGGUAUUCAUAUCUAUGAAACGACUCACGUGGACAAUAAAAUCAAGCAACAACUAAAAGAGUCCGAUGCUGGUGUUAUAGUAUUUGAUGACAUUUUGAUAGAAAAUAAUGCUUGGAAUGGCAUGGCCAAUGGUUCCUGUUUCUUAUGUAAUGUGGAUUACUCAAAUGCAGAUGACCAUAGAAAUGAACCAGCCCACAUAUUGAAACUUAUCCAAAGUAAAUUUGAAUUGCUUAAGGAUAAAUUUAUAUAUAGAAAGAUUGAUGAUGAUUCUAUCAACUGUCUGAUUUGUAAUACAAUAUUUAUGGAAAUAUUUAAAGAAACUCACACAAAUGAGUCAGAACACCAAAAGAAUUACAUAAAAUGUCAAAUGACUAAAGAGAGUAAAACGAAAACAGGCAAUUGCUAUAAUAACAACAACAACAUUGAUAAGGACAUAAAAGAAAGUGACACUUCUAAUGAUGCUGUGGCAGAAUCAAUAGAUACUAAAAAUGAUCCAGUAAAAAGUGAAGAACUUACAAGUGAUAUAUCUAAAACCCAAAUUGUUGUAUUUAAUAAAAAUGUUGUUGAAGAAGCAGAAAAUAAAAAUGAAGAUGAACUACUACCGCCUGCCGAGGCUAUUAAAAGGGCGAUGAAAUUUGCUAAAGACAAUGGCUUAAAGUACAAAAGAAAUAGCACCUAUUGUAAUCUGUGUGAUGUACAAAUGUCCUCUUCUUUAAAAAUGAUGAAGGAGCAUGUUGCUGAAUCAUUACAUAAAGAGAAAGCUUUGAAUAAAACAACUAGAAAAAUGAAUAAAGUACCCCUGGGCUGUUUUGUUGAAAAUAUUACAACAGUUAAAAGUCCUUUCGUAAAUGACAUAGUUAUCAAUGAUGAGAUUUGUAUAGAAAAACAAAGUUUUCUUUUAAUCGGCAUACAUAACGGUGUCUUAAAAUGUCAGGUUUGUGAAGUUAAUUUGAACUUUGGAAAUAUUGAUGAACAUUUACAUGAACAUAAACAUACUAAAGCUAUGGAUACGAUGAAUGUCCUUACUGACUUUGACUCAGAAUUUGUGAGAGAGGUAAGACCCCGAGUAUAUCAUUGUGGUUACUGCAAUUUUAUUGAAGCGAGCUUGAACAGCUUAAAAAGCCAUUUGAAAUCGAUCAAUCAUCUUACAAAAAAAAAUCAAGCCAAAAUCCGUCUUGGAAGUCAUCUGCAUGCUAUGGCCGAAGAUAGGAGAAGAAGGGAGUUUUUAAAUUUUAUGGGAAUGUUUAAUUUACCAUUUUUCCAUUAAAUUAAUAUAAUUGUAACUUCAUUUAAAAUAUUUUAUAAUAAAAAAAUGACCGUUAUUCUAAUUUCGUAUAUUAUUAAUCAAUGUUAACAUAUUUGUGGGGAGAUAUUUUUUUUUUAGUUUGAUUGAUAUUUUUACCUAUGCUGAUAAUAGUAAUUAAGUUACGAAUUAAUGUUACGUUAUAAAAUGCAUGUAUACUCUACGAACGUCUAUAAAUGUUCAAAUUUGUAUUUCUAUAUAUAAAAAAAAAAAAAAAUGUAUAUAUAA